GAACAGCAAGUGUGUUGUGGACCUAUUUGUGUGAAGCCACGCAGAAGGCCGCACAACGGCGCCAACUGGAAUCUAAAACCGCACACAAGGUUCUAACAUGAAGAAAGGCACAGAAGCCUGCACGACAUCAUAUCGAGGAGACUCCUCGAAGUCAUGUAUUGCGCUGUAAUGGUCUACAAGGCAGACAAAUAUCUCGUCGUUGCGGUGCCAGGUGAGUCAGGCUUGGAAAGCACCUUCCGGACGGCACCGUCUUCCAGGGAUGUAUCCUCCGACAUCGACGUAACCUCAUACAGGUUCCUCACUGCUACGAGUUCUUCGCAUCAUACGCAGCGGGCACUGCAGUCAUCUGUACUAUGGCACGGAAAGUAGGGGAAGGCUCCGUGGAAGAGCAGCAGCACAAGUGCGUAGUUUGUGCCGCAGUACUCCGUGAUGGCUAUUCAUUCAGGAAGCACUUGGAGACUCACAAUGAGCCGUUCGGAGAAGAACACGUGACGCUUCUGGCACAGAAACUCCCGGACGGACGCCUGGAAUGCCUCAUAUGCGGGAUCGCGUUGCUUAGCAAGCGCAACUUUCGGAAUCACUACCAGGGCUGCCACACGACUAAGAGACCGUUCGAAUGCCCCAUCUGCCGGAAACGCUUCAAGGUCUCCAGAGCCUACAUCAGGCACCGAGAGAUCCACUUUUCGAACAGAGAGCGCUACAGGUGCAAAACCUGUGUCAAGGUGUUCUCGGACAAAGGUCAGUUUCGAAUCCACGUUAAGGCGCAUUCGGCAAAAAAGGAGCGCUGCGAAGUGUGCUUCAAGUACUUUCCGGGUAACCUUUUACGAGCCCACUAUUACUUACAUACCACGGCAUUUCGGGUGCGGUGCAAGAUAUGCGGAAAGGAAGUCAGGGAGAGAAUCAUGAGUACACACGUCAACCAUGUGCAUCUCGGCCGAGCUCAAAACGUGUGCGCCGUAUGUGGAGCAAAGUAUAAAAGUCCCCAAGCAUUCGUCGCCCACAUGCGAAGGCACACUGAUGAGCCCGUCGGCGUGUGCAUCAUUUGUUCCAGGCCCUUCUAUAAGGAAGAUUGUUACGUAAGGCACAUGGAAGGUGUUCACGGAUGCGGGUCCAAGAAGUGGUCAUGCUCUAUGUGCACGAAAAAAUUUCUUACAAAGGCGCAGUUGCAAGCGCACACCGCGGUGCACACCAAGGAGAAACCCUACAAGUGUGAAGUGUGUGGAAAGGGAUUUGCUUGGAAACACAAAGUGAAAGAUCACAUGAAAACACACAGCGAAGAACGGCCGUUCCAAUGCAGCUUGUGUGGGGAGGCGUUUAAGUGGAAGCACAACCUCGCCAACCAUCACAGGGCAAAGCAUGUCUCUCCUUAAUGGCCGCAAAGUGACGAAACUCAAGGCAGGUAAUCAGGAUUUGUUCUCUUGAAGUUUGCCGGAUAUCAGAUUUCCUGUGCUGCGACAGCGGGUUCCACAACUGCAGCAGAUGCAUGAUGGUGAUUUACGUAUACGACAUCAUGAACAACAAGUAAAUCAUGAUAAUGACAUGGGCUGAUUUACCGCCAGAGAGCAGAACAGUACCCCAUUACAGGCGACGCGUUUGGUGUGAACGGUAUGUGUCUAUUGAAGCGACAACGUCAUGCCGGGAGAUGCAGAUGUUUCGAACACAGACCCUUUUUCUACUGCUCUCGGUUUCUGUCUCGCUGUUUAACAAAGCAGUUCAUGAGACAUCCCCGAGAUGUAGUGUUGUGAGACAGGGAUGUCCAUGGGACGUGAUCACUGUAGAAUACUUCGUCUAGAGGACAUCCGAGGACAUCCAAGUGUUACAAUUCUUGCGGAUAUCCUGUAACAACGAUUGCGUGACACCUCGUGGAUGUAUGCAUAUCAUGGAAUACGUAUAUUGUUUGGUUUUUGAAUUUUUAGAAAGGCCAAAUAAAAAUGUUGCCAAUCUCAAAUACACAUUUUUCAGUCCUUACGCU